AUGCUAAGAGGACUUGCAAAUAUCACGCAGCGGAGGUUUGCCACUGGCGGCAAUGCUGGUCGCGGAUCACCGAGAACGGCCCGAAUGCCGAGACGGGAGGCAAUGGCCAGGCGUCGCGAAGUGUCGAUCGUGCAGAUGAACGAGCUGUACGCACGAGUAGUCUCCAGUCAUUUCGGAUACAAGACGAACAGAAGAAGAGUCAUAGAAUCCAAACUUCUGGAAGACGCCGACAAUUUGGAAGAGUUUGACAGAGUCAUGACACAGGGCUUUACCUCGGGCGGCGUAGAGCCAUUGACUACAGCUCUGAUGGACCCCGUAGUAGCACAAGGUUUGAACCAACAGCCCCUGACUAAAGAGAGUUUUGCUGAAUUUGUCAGAGAUUCUCGUGAGUAUGCUCAGGAUGACAACUUCAGCAUUGCAGUUGAGGUGAAUCCAUCCGGGGCAGCUGAUGGUUGGGAAGUAGCUGGAGUCAUAAUCCAGUUUCUGGAGGGGUACAUUGCAAAGAACCCCAGGGAACAGAAAGAAUUCAGUAAUCUAAAUGACGAUGACAGGGCUAGAUGGGUAAGUGAGGCUAAGGCUAUACCACGUAGCCAGGAUUUCAUCGAAAAGGUUCUUGAGAAGUACCAUUGGACUGAGCAUCUUGGUGGUACGCUGGAUAUGUUUGAUAUGAAGGAGGUUUUGUAUGGACCAGAUCCCAUCACCUGCCAAGACAACGUGGCAUAUGGAUUUAUGACGGGCGUUGAACCCAAGUAUCAAGGAAUGAGUUUGGGAGGUUUGCUUUUUCAAGCGCACGAAGCACAGAACUAUGCAAAGGGAAUCGAUGCAUCCAUAGGGGAGCUUACUAGCGUUUCUCGUGUUCUUGGGCGAACAUUUGCAUGGAAGAAGCACAAGGAAGUGCUGUACAAGGAUUACAUGGUAUGGAGGUACCUGACCUCCAAUGGAACAUAUCACAUGCCACCAGAUGGAAAAAGAUACUCUCAAGAAGAGAUUCUCAGCAAAGGCCUUGUUGGAGAACACAAGCAUGCACCCUGGGCUGACAUUGAUUGGGUGGGUCCUCCUCAUUACCAAAAGACGGACAGAAUUCAAUAUAAACCUGAUCUCAGAUAUCCUGGGGGAUGGCACAAUGGAGGAAAGAGACAUGCGAUUCCAAGUGUCAUUCGUGGAGGUGUUGCAGCAUACAAAACGUAUCCUUCACCACUGCCAGUUUUGUACGAUGAGAAUUUAAUUACUUCUGCUGCACCAGCAUAA